AACUUCCAACAAACACCCCUCCCGCGUCCACGUCAGAUUUCGCGCCAACGCUGACCUGUCACUCAUCCACGUCACCAUUCGCGCCAAAAAAAACCUACUAUUUCACCACCAUUCCCCACCAUUUCCAUCUUCAUCCCUCUCAUCACAGACACACACACACAAACACAGAAUGAAUUCAACCGGAGCCAAUACGUCGUCGUUCGAGCCCAAAAAACUUCUCCGAUCAUCAUCCGUCAGAGAACCACUCAAAACGCCCGAAAAACCUGCAAAUCCGCCGCGAAGAGUUCUCUCGCGCCGCCAGCAAUCUCUCCGGUCAGUUAAACAAAUACGAGAAGCAGCGAAGCAGCUCCAGAAACCCGAUCUGAAACCGUCAGAUCCGUUAACAUCAGAUUCAACGGAAGUCGAGAUCGUGAAACCUAACGCCGUUAAAUCACUUCCGGAAAAGUAUGAAAUGUUGAAUAAAUUCUUUCAUAGCUUAACAUCCUCUGUUAGACUGCUUCGAUUGAAAGGGUCUAUGUCGUCGUUCACGAAUAUUAGCCGUCAGGUUCAGAGCUUAACCGAUAGGAGUUUUGGUUAUAAUCAUUUAGGUCAGCUUAAGUAUAUCAUGCCAGAGGCAAUUGAGAUCAAGAAGAUCCUUAUUCGAGACGAUCGGACGAGUUGUAUGAAGCCAGAUCUUCAUAUCACUUUGAAUUUCGCUGUCGUGUUCAAUGACGAAAAGAUGAGUUCUGAUAGCAGUUAUUUACGGUUAACCAGAUUGUUUCGAUCUCGGCUUGUUAAGUUUUGUAAAUCCAAUCCUGAGGGGGAAGAAGUUCCACAGGAGGAGUUACCCGAACCGUUUAAUCGAUCGAGCAGAACGAAUUCAAACGCGAUUCAAAAGCCCGAUACAGCAUAUCCGUUAUACGAAGAGCAGCCGAUUGCAGCAUCGCAUAUGCCACCAUCGUUCAAAAGACGUUUCUCAAAACAAGUUCCAAUCGAAAAUGUAGAAACAGAUAAGAAAAAAUCCAGUGUGUUAAUUGAACCUCAAGUUGACCAUAGCUCCAACAAUGUUAUGUCACCAGUAAAAUGGUCUGCAAAGUUACCCGAAACGCCAAUCAAGGGCUCGGUUUCGACUCCGUCGAAGCUUGUUUCGACGCCAUUCACUGCUACACCUGCGCAAUCAGCGCGAGCACCGGUGAGGUGUCUUAUGACGCCAGACGAAGAAUCAACGAUGUCUCCUAGCAAGUUAACCCGACGUUCAAGCGGUCGAGGAUUAAGAUCGAUAACAUUCGAUACUCCUGUGAAGAAUAAAACCGCACCAGCCAAAAGGGUGUCAUCCGUUGACUAUGACGAUGACGAUUUAUCCGAUAUUCUCUCGCAUGAUCUGCUCGCAUCGAUUAGAGAAAGGGAACUGAAAGUAUUAGAGGAAAAUAAUCCGGAAAUCUCGCAGGCGAAAUGGAGGAAACAAAUGAUUGCUCGAUUACCGAAGCUAUUCGACACGCUUUUGUUUUACUUUCAAUCGAUUAAGCGGACAGUUAUUACAAAACCGGAGCUUGUGAACCUGAUUGUUUCAAACCAGUUGGAAAUUGUUGACCCAAGAGAAAUUGAAGAACAACUCAGAUUGUUGCUAGAGCUAGCUCCUGAAUGGGUUUAUGAGAAAACAGCAUCUAGUGGUGAUCUUUUGUUUUGUGUUAACAAGAUAUCAAGCCCAGAGUCGAUACGCACAAGACUAUCGGAGGCUAACUAAGAGAACUAAUUUAAAUAGCUCACAUAGACAAUUAGUGAUUCUUAGUCAUUGUAAUCUUUUAGAUUUAGGUUUUUUGUAUAUGAGUUUUUACUUUUGGAAUAAGAAUAUUCGUGUUGUAGUCUUGUAA